AUGUCAUUAGAUGGAAUUCCAACUAAGGUGGCCCUCCGAAGAAGGAACAUAAACGUGGGAGACUGCAAGUGUGUAUUAUGCGAAGAUGCCGAAGAGACAGUGGAUCAUUUGUUCACGGUUUGUAGAGUCACCGACGAUGUUUGGAGUGGGAUCGCCCGAUGGUGCAACUUACCUCCUAUUUUCCUGUUUUCGGUUCAUGAUGUGCAGCUAAUUGUAUCUCAGUUGGGAUGUUCGGACAAAAGAAAGGAGAUCAUAUAUGGCAUCUUAGUGUUAACUUGUUGGAGGAUUUGGAAGGCGAGAAACGAGAAGGCGUUUGCAAAGACAAAUGUGAAGAUCAUCGAUAUUAUUUCGGAUGUUAAGUCAUUGGGUUUUCUUUGGUAUAGAAGUAGGGGCAAAAGGUUGGAAAUCUUUUAA